AUGGGGUUCCUCCACCGCCUGUGGAGGAGAGCUACCCAAUGCAAAGCUUUAGAAGAGUCAAGCGGCGAGCUCGAAACUUUGUUUUUCGAAUCUGUCUACCGUGUAACGUAUUUUGCAGGAUGGUCAAUUCUCGACAGCAGCAUAUUGUACCAUAUCUACAGCGGAAUUCUAAAAUCAUCUGUUGGUUUUCUGAUUUGCUGUGAAACUUGGCAAUUGUUUAGUGAUUCGAGUAACUUGGAUGGCAUCAUCGAUAACGUGAACGUAACGCUUAUGCACUUCAUUGCGUUAUACAGAUACAAAAAUAUGCGUGAAAAUCGAGCCAUUUAUAAGAAAUUAGCAUCGGCUAUGGAAUCGCCAUAUUUCGACACGUCAACAUCCAGACGUAAGGCUUUGAUUAAAUUUUGGGCAGCUAGGAACGAAAAAUUCUUAAAACUACUCCUUGCUUUAGGUUCUUGCACAUUGGGUGCUUGGCAUAUCUAUCCACUGGUUGACGACAUUGAUUAUAAUCUAAUGGUAUCAGCUCGAUUUCCUUUCGAUUACCAGACUCCGAUAAGAUUUCCCAUAUUCUAUGCUAUAGUGUUGAUAGUUUUCAACUACGCAUCUCUGUUCGUGAUGGUGAACGACCUGAUCAUGCAGGCACAUCUCAUGCAUUUGCUGUGCCAAUACACCGUACUGGCGGAUUGCUUUGAAGGCAUUAUUUCUGAUUGCAUGGAUGAAAAUUGUAAGUGCGUUGUUAAAAUUUAUAAUUUUAAUCACUUAGCUUAUUUUAAAUCUUUCAAGGAUAGAUAUUUAAAGCGACUCAGCAAUUUGGUGGAACAACACAAAAUAAUUUUAAACAACACAACGGAUCUAAAACACUCCCUGAGCGUACCGAUGCUAGGUCAGCUGGCAGCGAGUGCUAUGCUAAUAUGUUUCGUCGGCUACCAAGCUACCACUACUGUUGGGCGAAAUAAAGUGAAAUUUUUCAUGAGCCUCUUGUACUUAAUGUACAAUCUAUUCGAGUUAUCUAUAUUUUGCAAAUGGUGCGAUGAAAUAAAAUUGCAGAGUGAAAACAUCGGCCAAUCGGUGUACUGUUCCGGCUGGGAGCGAGGUCUUGCCACUACUCCGGGUGUGCGCGCAACUCUGCUCAUCGUGGCCAGUAGGGCCCGCAAGCCCCUUGUACUCGCUGCGGGAGGCUUGUUUGACCUAUCACUCGCUUCGUAUACCACUUUAGUGAAGACGUCUUACUCAGCCAUCACUGUUUUACGGAGACUACAACAGAAAUGGGAACAACGCGGUGAACAGAUGACAUCAGGUGAGUCGCUGGGAGCCGCUGGAGGCAAGAGGCCCAGAACCGGCAUAAUGGAGGUACUGGGUCUUGUAUGGAAGAAGCUCACAAAUACAAACGCUCUUGAGUUAGCGAGUGGACAGUUCGAAAUAGAUUUUUUUGAGUCUGUGUAUAGAGUUAUCUAUUUCGCAGGUCUUUCAGCUUCUGACCGCGGGGUGCCGUAUAUGAUAUACAGUUCUGCUGUGAAAACAUUGCAGAUUUUAUUGGUAGCUUUCGAACUAUGGUACCUGUUCUCAGUAACUUGGACUAUCGAUGGAAUUACAAAUUGUAUGAACGUAAUACUUAUCCAAUUUGGUGCCUACUACAGAUACAAGAUCAUGAAGAUUAAUAAAGAAAUUUUCAAGAAUCUUGCAUCGUCAAUGGAAUCACAAAAUUUCGAUCUGUCUACGAAUCAGAGAAAAGUGAUCCUAAAUGUUUGGCGUACCAGAAAUGAGUCGUCGUUGAAACUACUCUUGUUCUUAGGAUCUAGUACCCUUAUUGCGUGGUUCAUUUACCCUCUAAUGGAUAACUUGGAAUACAAUCUACUGUUGGAGAUCAGACUGCCUUUUCAAUACCAAACACCGUCACGAUAUCCAUACGCAUACAUGGGAAACCUGAUAGCUUUAUUUUACAUUUCUUAUUUUGUGAUGUCAACUGACCUCAUCAUGCAGUCGCAUUUAAUGCAUUUGCUUUGUCAGUUUGCUGUGCUGAAGGAUUGUUUUCAGAAUAUUUUGACAGACUGUAAAUUAUUAUUAAAAGAUGAAGAUACUAUGGAUCUAGCAAAUGAUCAUUUAAACGAAAUGUUCAGGCGAGAAUACAUUAAAAGACUUGGAAACUUGGUGGAUCAACAUGUUUUCAUUUUGAACAAUACGCUCGAGCUCCGUGACAUUAUGAGCACGCCGAUGUUAGCCCAGCUGAUCUGCAGCACGGUGCUUAUUUGUUCCAUCGGUUUCCAAGUGGCAACUUCAGUGAACGUGAAUUUGACAAAAUGGCUCAUGAGUGUGUUUUAUUUGGGAUACAACAUGUUCGUUCAAUACGUCAUAUGCAGAUGGUGUGAGGAAAUAAAAAUUCAGAGUGAGGGGAUCGGUGAAGCGGUGUACUACUCAGGCUGGGAGAAUGGUAUCGUUACGGUGCCGGGGGUGAGCACAUCGAUCCUGUUAAUCUUGGCGCGCGCGAACAAGCCCGUGCGCCUUUCUGCUGGGGGAAUGUACGACCUUUCCUUGGAAGCUUAUGCGACAGUGGUGAAAACUUCUUACAGUGCCCUCACGGUUCUUCUUCGGUUUCGUUAAAUUCAAAUAAUAUCUUAUACCUGAAGAUUAUUUUAGAAUAGUUUAUUUAUCCUCUUUAUUGUUUAACUCUUUCAAUGGCACGG